ACCCAGUCGUACCUGCAGUGUCGUCAGGAGCGGGAGAGCUUCCGCUGCCGGCUGGUGGCGCUGCUGACCUCCAACGACGAUGACUUGCCGAGCGUGUCUGAGGAGGACGGGCCGGACCCAUCAGCCCAGGAGCGGGCGCUGCUGCGCUACUACUACUACAUCCACAACGGCAUCGAGACGGGACAGGUGGCGCCCAUGGCCGACCAGUGGCUCGAGCACAUGGACCGCAUGCUGGCCGCCAAGCUGAGGAGCCGCGCGGAGCUCCUGCAGGACCUGCACGUGGAGCUCACCGAGGAGUACUUGUUCGGCGUCAAGAAGGCGGUGGUCGACUACAUCCUGACGGAAAAACCCGGACAGGACUACGCCGAGCCGCCGCCGACGCUGCCGCACCGUCUGGAGCUGUGCGUCACCCCGUCACCCUGGCGGCACAGCUUCUUCCACCACCGGCGGCUCAUCUUCUACAACCUCUGGUCCAUCAACACCUGCCUGCUGCAGAUCCUCGACCUUUGGUACAAGCAGUUCAGCGGGCUGCGCCUGCUGGACUCUUCCGAGCUGUACGGCCGUGAGGAGGCGCUCGAACUGACCAAGUUUAGCCAGCUGCUGGACGAACACAUCGAGCGCGCCUCGGACGCGCUGGAGCAUGACUGGUUCCCGGCCGUCCACCACAUCCUGAUGCAGGGUGCCAAGCGGAACACCAUCCCGUCACUGGCCCAGCCGGAGAAGCUGGAGACGUUCUUCAACGCCGUGGCCACGCUGAUGUCGAUGAACGUGCAGAACAUGCUGUUGCACACCAUCCGCGAGUACACGGACAUGCUUUGUAGCAGCAAUAACUGCGGCUUUGUGCUGCACCUGGUGCGCUCGGACGGCGAGCUGCGCUUCGAGCCGACCGUGGCCGAGUUCGAGGAGCAGCUGCUCGGCGUGUACGAGCGCAUCAUCGGCUCCGUGCAGACGCUGAAGCGGGCGGAGACGCGCGUGUUCCUCGACUGGCCCGGCCGCGCCCAGUACCUGAAGCCGGUGGUGCUGCCGGAGAUAGUGGAGGAGCUGCAGGAGCGCGUCAGGGCCAUGGUCGCAGAGCAGUCGGUCGGCCCACAGCAACACUCGCUCUGGUACGAGCGAUACCAGUACCUGAUCAGCGGACAGGCCGCGGCCGACGUGGACGAGUUUCUGGGCGGCGAGCACGAGUUCGAGGAGUACGAGGAGCAGGUGGUCAGGUUCCACGAGCUCAGCUACGAGAUCGACUGCGAGUCGGCCAAGGUGAUCCGGCUGGGCUCUUUCGAGGUCCGCUGUGACACGCUCACCGAGGACCUGGUGGGCCUGACAGCCGGCCUCCGCGACAAGAUACUGCAGAACAUGCUGGCCAACCACAACGCCAGCAACAAGGCCCUGUCGGAGGAGUACGAGCAGAUCACCGAGAAGGCGCUGACAGUGCCGCCCAACACGGCCGCUCUGAUGGAGCUGAAGGCAUACGUCGAGCAGACCGAGGCCGAGCGGGUGCCGCAGAUGGAAGACAAGCUGCGGACUAUCUUCUCGCACCUACUCUUCCUGUCGGACUACUCUGAGUUCUCGUCGGCUGACCUGCGCCACAACACGGAAACGUUCCUCUGGCACCAGCGCAUCCCGGCCGUGUUCGAGGAGAGCCGCGCCAUCUAUGGCCAGAAGCGCGCGGAGUUUGAGGAGGCGCUCAAGGUGCGACGGGAGCGAUUCAUUGAGGAGCUGGAGACGUACAACAAGCAGGUGGACGAACUGAAGGAGCUCGGCGAAAUUGAGGACCUGCCCAAGUACCUGAAGAAGAGUCAGAAUCUGCAGGAGAAACUGCAGGUGGCACUGGACAAGACAGACGCCAUCAAUGAUGAAGAGGCGGCCUUCGAGUGGGAGUUGACGUCCUACCCGCGCCGGCGCGAGGUAUCGGACAAGCUGAGUCCCUACCUUCGUCUGUACGAGAACGGCGUGGAAUUCAGCACAAAGUACGAGUCAUGGAUGAAUUCGCCGCUGGGCACGCACGAUCCCGAGGACAUCGAACAGGACACGGACACAUACUUCCGAAGCAUCUACAAGCUGGAGCGGUCGUUCAGCACCGAGGGGCCGGCGCGCGACCUCCUGCUGCAGGUGAAGGCCAGCAUCGACGCCUUCCGGGAGCACAUGCCCGAGGUGCAGACGCUGGGCAACCCGGGCCUGCGCGACCGCCACUGGGAGAAGAUCUCGGAGAUCGUCGGCUUCCCGAUCAAGGCCGACCCGGACACCACGCUCGCCAAGAUCAUCGACCUCAACCUGGUGGACUACAUCAGCAAGUUCGAGAGCAUCAGCGAGUCGGCCACCAAGGAGUACAACCUGGAGCGGGCGAUGGACAAGAUGAAGGCCGAGUGGAAGGACAUGGAGUUCAACAUCGUGCCCUACAGGGAGUCGGGCACGUCGAUCCUCUCCUCACUGGACGACAUCCAGAUGAUGCUGGACGACCACCUGGUGAAGACGCAGACCAUGCGCGGCUCGCCCUUCAUCAAGCCGUUCGAGGAGCAGAUCUGCGAGUGGGAGAAGACGCUGAUGAACUUGCAGGAAAUCCUGGACGAGUGGCUGAAGGUGCAGGUGACGUGGCUGUACCUGGAGCCCAUCUUCUCCAGUCCGGACAUUAUGUCCCAGAUGCCGGAGGAGGGCCGCAGGUUCACCACCGUCGACAAGAACUGGCGGGACAUCAUGAAGGCCGCGCUGCUGGACACGCACGUGCUGGCCGUGGUGGACGUGGAGAAGAUGCUGGAGCGGCUGAAGAAGUCCAACGAGCUGCUGGAGCUUAUCCUGAAGGGGCUGAACGACUACCUGGAGAAGAAGCGGCUCUACUUCCCGCGCUUCUUCUUCCUGUCCAAUGACGAGCUGCUGGAGAUCCUGUCCGAGACCAAGGAUCCGACUCGCGUGCAGCCGCACCUGAAGAAGUGUUUCGAGGGCAUUGCGUCGCUGACCUUCACUGAGACGCUGGAGGUGACGCACAUGAAGUCGAGCGAGAACGAGAUCAUACAGCUGCUGGAGGAGAUAUCGACGGCGCGCGCCCGCGGGCAGGUGGAGAAGUGGCUGCUCGAGCUCGAGGCUCUCAUGAAGUCCAGUCUGCAGCACGAGGUGGCCCAGGGGAUGGAGGCGUACGCGAAGGACACGCGCGACCACUGGGUGCUCUCUUGGCCCGGCCAGAUCGUGUUGUGCGUGUCGCAGACCUACUGGACCUCGGACGUACACAAGUCCAUCAGGGCGGGCGGCGGCGCCAUGCAGGAGUACCUGCAGGUGAACAACGAUCAGAUCGCCAAGAUCGUGGAGCUGGUGCGUGGCAAGCUCUCCAGACAGAAUCGCACCACUCUCGGUGCUCUGGUCGUGCUGGACGUGCACGCCAGGGACGUGCUCACCUCCCUGAUCGCCAGCAAGGUGUCCUCCGAGAACGACUUCGCCUGGCUGGCGCAGACGCGCUACUACUGGGAGGAGUCCCGGCUGGCCACGCGCAUGAUCAACUCGACGCUGAUGUACGGCUACGAGUAUCUGGGCAACACUCCGCGGCUGGUGAUUACGCCGCUGACGGACCGCUGCUACCGUACCCUGUUCGGCGCCCUCCACCUGCACCUGGGUGGCGCUCCGGAGGGCCCGGCCGGCACCGGCAAGACAGAAACCACCAAGGACCUGGCCAAGGCGGUCGCCAAGCAGUGCGUGGUGUUCAACUGCUCGGAUGGACUUGACUACAUCGCCUUGGGGAAAUUCUUCAAGGGUCUCGCCUCGUGCGGCGCCUGGUCCUGCUUCGACGAGUUCAACCGGAUCGACCUGGAGGUGCUAUCGGUGGUGGCACAGCAGAUCCUGACCAUCUCGCGCGCCAUCAGCGCCGGCGCCGACAUGCUGCUCUUCGAGGGCACCGAGCUCAAGCUGGACCCCACCUGCGCCGUCUUCAUCACCAUGAACCCGGGCUACGCCGGCCGCUCAGAGCUGCCCGACAACCUCAAGGCGCUGUUCCGCUCCGUGGCCAUGAUGGUGCCCGACUACGCCAUGAUCGCCGAGAUCGUGCUCUACUCGUGCGGCUUCGUCAACGCCCGGCCGCUGGCCACCAAGAUUGUGGCCACGUACCGACUCUGUUCGGAGCAGCUUUCCUCUCAGCCCCACUACGAUUACGGCAUGCGGGCCGUCAAGUCGGUACUGACCGCCGCCGGCAAUCUGAAGCUCAAGUACCCGGAGGAGUCGGAGGACAUCCUCAUCCUGCGCUCCAUCACCGACGUCAACUUGCCCAAGUUCCUGACGCAGGACUUGGGACUGUUCGCGGGCAUCACCUCCGAUCUGUUCCCGGGCAUACACCUGCCUGAUACCGACUACAGCAUCUUCAACGCAGCCGUGCAGGAGAGCUGCGAUGAGGCCAACCUGCAGUGCACCGACUACUUCCUGGAGAAGAUACAACAGAUCUAUGAGAUGAUGAUCGUGCGUCACGGCUUCAUGAUCACCGGCUACCCGUUCGGCGGCAAGACCUGUGCCUAUCGCAUGCUGGCGGAGGCGCUGGGCAAGCUCCACGAUCAGGAGCAGAUGGAGGAGAACUCGGUGCAGAUCACCGUCAUCAACCCCAAGGCGAUCACGAUGGGCCAGCUGUACGGCCAGUUCGACCCGGCCUCGCAUGAGUGGACGGACGGCGUGCUGGCCGUCAGCUACCGCGCCUUCGCCGUCGACCCUAGUCCUGACAGGAAGUGGCUCAUGUUCGACGGCCCAGUGGACGCCAUCUGGAUCGAGAACAUGAACACCGUGCUGGACGACAACAAGAAGCUGUGCCUGAUGUCUGGCGAGAUCAUCCAGCUGUCGCCCACCACCAACCUCAUCUUCGAGCCGAUGGAUCUGGAGGCUGCCUCGCCGGCCACGGUGUCGCGCUGCGGCAUGAUCUACCUUGAGCCGAACACGCUCGGCUGGCGGCCGCAUCUCACCUCCUGGAUGGCCACGCUGCCCGAGACGCUGACCGAGCAGCACCGCACCAUCAUCGCCGACAUGUUCGAAUACUUCGUGCCGCCGCUGCUCAACUUCAUCCGCCGCUCCGGCAUCAAGGAGCUGUCUCCGACCACCGACAUCAACCUGGUGCACUCGCUGAUGAACCUCUUCGACUGCUUCAUGGACUGCUAUGAGGAUGACAAGCACCUCAAAGUGACUCCAGAGUCGGACGUCAGGACUCAUCUGGAGUGCUCCUUCUUCUUCUCCUGCGUCUGGUCGUUCGGCGGCUCCUGCGACGAUGCCGGCCGCGAGAAGUUUGACGUCAUCAUGCGCCAGCUGAUCGCGGCCACGGUGACGGAGCAGCUGCGGAUCGAGUUUCAUAUGGACGAGGUGGCGCCGCCCCGCAGAACAUUCCUGCUGCCAUUCCCGAGGGAAGGACGAGUGUACGACUACAAGUUCGUGCCGGACGACCACGGCUUCUGGGAGCUGUGGACGGUGGCGCUCAAGUCGCUGCCGAGCAUCCCUCGCGACAUGCAGGUGAACCAGAUCAUCGUGCCGACCGUGGACACGGUGCGCUACACGGAGCUGAUGCGCCUGCUCGUCUACCACCGCAAGCCGGUGCUGUUCUGCGGCCCCACUGGCACCGGCAAGAGCAUCUACACCAUCAACUUCAUGCUGAACAAGAUGAAGAAGGACAAGUACCUGCCGUUGAUCGUCAACUUUUCGGCGCAGACGUCAGCCAACCAGACACAGGACAUAAUCGUCAGCAAGCUGGAUAAACGACGCAAAGGCGUACUGGGCCCGCCGCUGGGCAAGAACCUGGUGGUGUUCGUCGACGACCUGAACAUGCCGCUGAAGGAGACGUACGGCGCGCAGCCGCCCAUCGAGCUGCUGCGUCAGUGGCUCGACCACUGGAUGUGGUACGACAGGAAGGACGUCAGCCCCUUCAAGCUGAUCGACAUGCAGAUCAUGUCGGCUAUGAGUCCGCCUGGCGGCGGACGCAACUUCGUGACGCCGCGUUUCACGCGCCACUUCAACCUCAUCAGCAUCAACGAGUUCGACGACGAGACGAUGAAGAUCAUCUUCUCGCGUAUCAUGCUGUGGCACCUGGACACUAGGGGGUUCGGGAAGGAGUUUGACCCGAGCAUCGACCAGGUGGUGGGCGCCACGCUGACCGUCUACAAGACGGCCAUGGAGAACCUGCUGCCGACGCCCAAUAAGUCGCACUACCUCUUCAACCUGCGCGACUUCUCACGCGUCAUGCAGGGUGUGCUGCUGUCGGUGCCGGAGGCUGUGGAGGACCUGGCCAGCCUGAAGCGGCUCUGGGUGCACGAGGUGCUGCGAGUGUACUACGACAGGCUGGUGGACGACGGUGACCGUGCCUGGCUGGUGGAACACCUGCGCCAGGUGGCCAAGGACAACCUGGAGGACGACUUCGACGAGCUGCUGAUCCGGCUGGACUCGGACGCCGACGGCAAGGUGACCGAGAACGACCUGCGCGCGCUGAUGUACUGCGACUUCUCCGACCCCAAGGCCGACCCGCGCAACUACAUGGAGAUCGAGGACCUCGACUACCUCCGCAAUGUCGUCGACGGCUACCUGAUCGAGUACAACAACAUGAGCAAGAAGCCCAUGAACCUGGUGCUGUUCCAGUUCGCCAUCGAGCACCUGUCGCGUGUGGCGCGCGUACUGAAGCAGCCGCGUGGCCACGCGCUGCUCGUGGGCGUCGGCGGCUCGGGCCGACAGUCGCUGACGCGGCUGGCCGCCCACAUCUGCGACUGCGACCUGUUCCAGGUGGAGAUAUCCAAGACGUACGGCAAGAACGAGUGGCUGGACGACCUGCGCAGCACGCUGAGCAAGGCCGGCUUUGGCGAGCGACACUCGGUGUUCCUGUUCACCGACACGCAGAUCAAAGAAGAGUCGAUGGUGGAGGACCUGAACAACAUCCUGAACGCCGGCGAGGUGCCCAACCUGUUCGCGCUCGAGGACAAGAUCGAGAUUUGCGAGAAAAUGCGCGUGAUCGACCGACAGCGUGACAAGUCGAUGCAGACGGACGGCAGCUACGUGGCGCUGUUCAACAUGUUCGUGGAGCGGGUUCGGGACCAGCUGCACGUGGUGAUGGCGUUCUCGCCGAUCGGCGACGCGUUCCGCGAUCGGCUGCGUCGCUUCCCGGCCAUCGUCAACUGCUGCACCAUUGACUGGUUCCAGCCGUGGCCGACCGACGCGCUGGAGGCGGUGGCCACUCAGUUCCUGGCCGAGGUAGCCAUGUCGGAGGAGGAGCGCGCCGGCUGCAUCCACCUCUGCCAGUACUUCCACACGUCCACCGAGGACCUCUCCAAGCGCUUCCUGGAGCUGACACGCCGACACAACUACGUCACCCCCACGUCUUACCUCGAGCUCAUCGCCACCUACAAGACACUGCUCGACAAACGCAGAAAGGAGGUGCUUAAUCAAAAGUCGCGCUACGAGGUGGGCCUGGAAAAACUGGCCAACGCCGCCUCCGAGAUCAGUGUCAUGCAGAAGGACCUGACCGACCUGCAGCCGCAGCUGGUGGAGGCCUCCAAGCAGGUGGACGAGAUCAUGCUGCAGGUGGAGAAGGACUCUGUGGAGGUGGCCGAGGUGGAGCGGGUCGUCAAGGGCGAUGAGGCCGUGGCCAACGAGCAGGCGCGCGCCGCCCAGGCCAUCAAAGACGAGUGUGACGCUGACCUGGCGGAGGCCAUGCCCAUCCUGGAGUCGGCGCUCAGCGCGCUCAACACGCUCACGCCCAACGACAUCACGCUGGUCAAGUCGAUGAAGAGCCCGCCGGCCGGCGUCCGUCUCGUGAUGGAGGCCAUAUGCAUCGUCAAGGGCGUCAAGGCCGACAGGAUCCCGGACCCGAACGGCAGCGGCAAGAUGGUGGAGGACUACUGGGGACCCUCCAAGAAGCUGCUGGCCGACACCAAGUUCCUGGACGGCCUCAUCAACUUCGACAAGGACAACAUCCCGCCCAAGGUGAUCAAGGUGCUGCGCGAGCGCUUCGUCUCCAACCCCGAGUUCGACCCCAACAAGGUGAAGACGGCCUCGACUGCAGCUGAGGGCCUGUGCCGCUGGGUGAUCGCCAUGGAGGCGUACGACAAGGUGGCCAAGGUAGUAGGGCCGAAGAAAGAGGCGCUGGGCAAGGCCGAGGGCGAGCUGGCCGAGGCCAUGGGCAAGCUGGAGGCCAAGCGGGCCUCGCUGCGCACCGUCCAGGAGCGCCUGCAGGAGCUGGAGAACAAGCUGGAGGCCAACAAGCAGCGCAAGGUCGACCUCGAAAACGAGGUGGAGCUGUGCCAGCUGAAACUGGAGCGGGCUGAGCAGCUGAUCGGCGGACUGGGCGGAGAGAAGGACCGCUGGAGCUCCACGGCCGUCAACCUGGGCAAGAAGUACGAGAACCUCACUGGCGACAUCCUGAUCGCGUCUGGCGUGGUGGCGUACCUGGGCGCCUUCACGUCCCAGUACCGGGCCGAGCAGGUGCAGGGCUGGAUAGACGGCUGCGUGGACCGGGCCAUCACGUGCAGCCCCGAGUUUGAGCUCAGCCUGGUGCUCGGCAACCCGGUGGAGAUCCGCGCCUGGAACAUUCACGGCCUGCCCACUGACCUCUACUCGGUCGACAACGGCGUCAUCAUGAAGAACGCGCGCCGCUGGCCGCUCAUGAUCGACCCGGAGGGCCAGGCCAACAAGUGGAUCCGCAACACGGAGAAGGCCAACCAGCUGCACGUGGCCAAAGGCAACGACACCGACUUCGUCCGCUCGCUGGAGAACGCCAUCCAGUUCGGGAACCCGGUGCUGUUGGAAAACAUCGGCGAGGAGCUGGACCCGAUGCUGGAGCCGCUGCUGCUCAAGCAGACGUUCAAACAGGCGGGCGCCAUCUGCAUCAAGCUGGGGGACUCGGUGCUUGAGUACUCGCCGGAUUUCAGGUUCUACAUGACGACAAAGCUGCGGAACCCGCACUACCUGCCCGAGAUCGCCGUCAAGGUGACGCUGCUCAACUUCGGCAUCACGCUGGCCGGCCUGCAGGACCAGCUGCUGGGCACGGUCGUGUCGCGCGAGAAGCCCGACCUCGAGGAGGAGCGCAGUCAGCUGAUCGUGCAGUCGGCUGACAACCAGAGGCAGCUGAAGGAGAUCGAGGACAAGAUUCUGGAGGUGCUGUCCACUUCGGAGGGUAACAUCCUCGAGGACGAGACGGCCAUCAAGGUGCUCAGCUCGUCCAAGCUACUCAGCAACGAGAUCGCCGAAAAGCAGCAAGUGGCCGAGGAGACGCAAAUGAAGAUCAACGCGGCUCGUAUGGGCUAUACGCCCAUUGCCAAGCACUCGUCCAUCCUCUUCUUCAGCAUUACCGACAUGGGCUGCAUCGACCCCAUGUACCAGUACUCGCUCGGCUGGUUCUUCGGCCUGUUCGUCAGCAGCAUCGACAACACGGAGAAGGCCGAGGACCUGGAGAAGCGGCUGUUUAUCCUGCAGGACCACUUCACCUACUCGCUGUACACCAACGUGUGCCGCAGUCUGUUUGAGAAGGACAAGCUGCUCUUCUCCAUGCUGCUGGCCAUCAACCUCCUGCGCGCGCGCGGCGAACUGGACGAGGCCGAGUGGAUGUUCCUACUGACGGGCGGCGUCGGCCUGGACAACCCCAACAAGAACCCCACCACCUGGCUGCCGCCCAAGAACUGGGACGAGUUCUGCCGGCUCGCCCAGCUUCCCACGUUUGCCGGCAUUCGCGAGGAGUUCGAGGCGAACACGGCGCCGUGGAAGGCCAUCUUCGACAGCGUGGCGCCGCAGAGUGAGACGCUGCCCGGCCACUGGAGCAAGCUCAUCACGCUGGAGCGCAUGUGCAUCCUGCGCUGCCUGCGGCCCGACAAGAUGGUGCCGGCCGUGCAGGCGUUCGUGUCGGAGUGUCUGGACCACCGGUUCAUCGAGCCGCCACCGUUCGACCUGGCCAAGUCGUUCGCCGACUCCCACUGCUGCGCGUCGCUGAUCUUCGUGCUGACGCCGGGCGCCGACCCCACGGCCGUGUUGCUCAAGUUUGGCGACGACAUGGGCUUCAGCGGGCCGAAGCUGCAGUCGCUGUCGCUUGGCCAGGGUCAGGGCCCCAUCGCCAUGCGGCUGGUGGAGGACGGCGUCAAAAACGGCACCUGGGUCGUGCUGCAGAACUGCCACCUCGCCAAGUCGUGGAUGCCCUCCCUGGAGAAGGUGUGUGAAGAGCUUAGCCCGGACACUACACACCCGGACUUCCGGCUGUGGCUCACCUCGUACCCGGCCGACCACUUCCCGGUGGCCGUGCUGCAGAACGGCGUCAAGAUCACCAAUGAGCCGCCCAAGGGACUGCGCGCUAACGUCAAACGGUCGUACCUGAGUGACCCGAUCGUCGACCCCUCCUUCUUCGGCGAGUCGAAGAGUCCGACCCAUUUCAAGGCGCUCCUCUACAGUCUCUGCUUCUUCCACGCACUCAUCCAGGAGCGGCGGGCGUACGGCGCCCUCGGCUGGAACACGCCCUACGAGUUCAACGAGACUGACCUGCGUAUCAGCGUCACCCAGCUGCGCAUGUUCCUCGACGACUAUGACGAGGGAGCGUCGACAGGCGGCGGCGGCGCCGCCUCCGACGACGCCGUCUAUCAGAUCGCCGACGACAUCGUCCGCCGCCUGCCGCCCAACUACGACAUCGAGUUCGUGCUGAAGAAGUACCCGACCAUGUACGAGCAGAGCAUGAACACGGUGCUGGUGCAGGAGAUGGGCCGCUUCAACGCGCUGCUCUCCGUUAUCAGGCAGAGUCUGCUGUCGCUGAAAAAGGCCAUCAAGGGCCUGGUGGUCAUGUCAGCCGAACUGGAGGAGGUGUUCACCAGCUGCAUGACCGGCAAGAUUCCCAACAUGUGGCGCGCCAAGUCGUACCCGUCGCUGAAGCCGCUCGGCAGCUACGUCACCGACUUCCUGGCACGGCUGCAGUUUCUGCAGAAAUGGUACGACGACGGCGCGCCGACCGUCUUCUGGGUGUCCGGCUUCUACUUCACACAGGCCUUCCUCACCGCCGCUCAGCAGAACCUGGCCAGGAAGAACACCAUCCCCAUCGACCUGCUCUGCUUCGACUUCAAGGUGCUCGAGGACAGGGACUACACAGAGCCGCCCGGGGACGGCGUGUACGUGCACGGUCUGUUCGUGGACGGCGCCCGCUGGAGCCGCGACAAGCGCGUGCUCGAUGAGUCGCUGCCCAAGAUCCUGUACGACACGCUGCCGGUGCUCUGGCUCAAACCCAUGAAGCGGGACGAGCUGCCGGAGCGGCGCAGCUACACGUGCCCCUGCUACAAGACGUCGGAGCGGCGCGGUACGCUGAGCACCACCGGCCACAGCACCAACUUCGUGCUGGCCAUCGAGCUGCCCACGGACCGGCCGCAGGAGCACUGGAUCCGACGCGGCGUGGCGCUGCUCUGCCAGCUCUCCGAGUAGUGGCGCCGGCCGCGGACGCGGGGUGCUCGCCCCGGCGGAGGUGCCCAGGCCGGCCGCCGGAUCGGCAGGUGGCGGGAGCGGUGUGUGGAAGGUGGGCCGACGGGAGGAUGGGUCGGUGGGGGCCCCUUGUGACCUGACGGGGGGAUGGGCCGGCGGGGGUCAGGUGUGACCCGACGGCGCGGGCCGGACGUCGGCCGCACGUCACUGGGCCAUCGCGUGAGCAGGUGAUAGUCGACCGAAUCGAAGGACGAUGUCGGGGAAGUGCAAGCCGAGAAGCCGUCUGCGGACGGGACGGACCUCGCCGGGAAUAGCCGAGUCCGUCGCGCCGAGUCCGUCCAAAGUUUGCCUACUAUUCUCAAGGGCGCGUGCUCAUCAUGUCCACACAAUUCCACUGAGGUCGGG